AAAACUGGUCAGAAGCUCACCCGGUGAAAAGCCCUAGUUGCAGAAAGUACUCUCUCGCAGUUUCUUCGAUCCAGUUCGGCCAAUUCAACCAUUUCAGCAAAUUCAUCAUUCGAAUCGUCGAGCGUGCAAGCGAUUGAGAGCAGAUGGAUGGAUUAUCUAGUAUUUGUGCAGGGCUUGGAAUGCUAGAUGAGGACGACGAUGGGAACGGAAUCGGCUAUGUCAAGGGAGAGUACUGUUCAGAUAACUUGAAGGACUUAUUGAGGUUUCUAAGGCGCGAUGAUCCGGAGAAGCGAGAUGUGUUCAAGCAAGUUUGUAAGUGGAACAUUGUGGGGAAAGAUUUGAUACCUCUUAUCGAGUAUUGUCAAGAAGAUCGCAGUUUAGUGCUGAAUUCAGUUAAGGUGUUGGUGUUCCUUACUAUGCCCGUUGAGCCUACAUCCAACGAUAUACCACAGCAGAUAGAGUACCUAUGGGGAGUGAAAUCUGCUAUUACAGUUAGUGAUAUUAUUCCAGUGAUUACAUCUCUCUUGGAAACUCCACUGGAGAAUCUCGAGAAUGAAUCUUUCACAGAAGAAGACUGGAAAUUGGUCCAGCUGGUGCUUACAUUGUUUCGAAACAUUUUAGCUAUUCAAGAUAUAUCAGUACAGCAGAAGGCCGGAGGGUCAGCUAUUCAGUUCCUGUCCCUUCGAGACAGGUUCUUAGAACUAUUGUUCAAGGAGAAUGUCAUGGACCUGAUAUUAGUAUUAUCGCAGCACACUGGUGGUUCUCAUGGCUACCUAUGUCAGGACAACUUUCUUUUUUUGGACAUUUUCUAUUAUAUCUUCAAGGGACAAGACCCUGAGUUGAUUUUGAAGGCAUCAUUAAAGGGCUCAAAGGCAGAAAAUGUUGCUGAAGAUCCACUCACCAGUCUUCAAUCUAUUAUGAAGAAUGAACAAGAAAAGAGAAAGCAUACCCAAAUUCAUUGUCUCACUCGCCAUUCACAGUUUAGAGGAAUAUAUACCCGUGUGGGCAUGGAUGGCUCUAAAGCUCUUUACAUUGGAAAUCCUACUGCUUCUGGUGGUGCUUUGUUAAAAUCUCAGAAAGGUUACCGAGGUCCUUCAAAAAGAGAAGUUUGGGACAGUGGAAAACUUCCAUCAACUACAACGCAAAUCCUGCAGUUACUUGACGAUUUCAUAAGCCAGUUUCUUCGUGGAGGAUACAAUGUUUUGAUGGAGUCUGUCCGUGGGGACAUUGAGAAAGACCAUCUGGAAAUUCAAAACAAUGAAAUUGUCAUAUUCUUUCAGGUCCAAGAAUUUGUCACCUCAUUUCAGUAUUACAAGUGCCUAAGCUCAAAGCCUCACAUUGAUGUUGAAAAAGAAGAAUUGACAACCUCUAACAAUGACAACACUUUAAGAGGUAGCAUGUGCGGUCCAAUAGCCGAAACUCUGAACGAGGCUAUGUUUCAGAUGGUCAUUGCAAAAUGGCGAUCUGCAUUUGAAGGCAUAAAACAAACCAAUGACUAUAAGUUUCUUUCAGCAGCUGGAUCCCUUCUUAAGAUUAUGAUACGCAUGCUGGAUUUGGUGCUGAGGCAAUCACCAGAAGAUUCCAAGGAAACUCAGACUGUACGCAUCCUUCUGUAUAAGCUGUUCUACGAUCAGACAGAGGAGGGGAUGACUCAGUUUCUCCUAAGCCUGAUUAAAUCAUUUGAUACUCAUAAGCAGUCUAAAAGUGAUCUUGCUAACUUGGUGGAAAGCAUGCAUGUGAUUCUACGACUACUGGAGAACCUUCAAACACGUGGAAAUCUACGGGUUUCCAAAAAGUCAAGAAAGAAAAGGGCAAAGAAAGCAACAACCACAAAUGGAAAUGAAAGUCAACCAAGUAUGGGUGAUAUCGCUCCAGAGAAUCAGGUUGACAGCUCCACUGUUAAAGAGCCAAAUGCCGACCACAUAAUGGAAAAGGAAACAUCGACACAUCAAGAACUUGUUGUAGGCAACAUUGGGGAGGUUGAAAGCGUUAGAGAUUCCAUUCAAACUGAUGAUCCUGUAUCAAAGCCUGCAGAUCUAAGAAGCAAUGAGUUAGAAGUGGAUGAAAGAAACAUUGGUGAUAAUGAUGGUUGUUAUCUUGAAACUGAUAAUUCAUCAGGAGAUGAGCAACCAGUAUUGACAAAUGAAGUUGAUUUUAAGCCAUCAUCAUUACUGUCUGCUCUUGCUAACAAUAAUGUUGUUCAGAAGCUGUGUUGGUUGCUGAAGUUCUAUAAGAACAAUUCUGUAAGUACAAACCAUUACAUAAUAAACAUGCUUCGACGGAUUUGUGAUGAUUUGGAGCUAGCACCCAUGCUAUACCAGUUGUCAUACCUUACAAUAUUCUCAGAUAUCCUGGAGGAGCAGAAAGCAAGACCAUGCAAAGAAUACGAGAAUAUUGUCACUUUUUUGUCAACUUUAGUUCGGAGGAUGCUACGGAAAAUGAAGAGUUAUCCUCUUCUAUUUGUAGAAGUUCUAUUUCCAAAGACACGACGAGAAUGCCAACAUAUAAAUUGUGGAUCUAUGCUGAAUGAGCUUAACCAUAUUAAAAAUGAAUUUCGAGAAGGAAGAAGUCAUGGUGAAAGUGGAGGAAAUGGUUUCUCACACGAACAAAAGUGGGUUCGCAGGAGCCUAGCAGAUGCUUUGGGUGACGAUGAUUUUGUGAUGCCUGAUGAAGACAACCAAGUGGAUGAGCACACUGAAGAAGAACCGAACAGAUCACCAGAGAAAGGAACUGGCCUUGUUCUUAGUGAUGAAAUGGAAGACAAACUUAAGUAUCUGUAUGAGAAGCAUAAGGAUGAUCCUAAAUGUUGUGAGAUUAUUGCUGGAGAGCUCGAUCCAGAGAAAGAAAUUUCGAAAGUGGAAGUUGUCAAAGCACUUACACAGCUUGGGUUUAAAGUCGCAGCUAAGGCAAAGGUGCAAAAAUCAAAUACUUCUCAUCAACUUGGGGAUUGCAACACAGAUCUUUCCAGGAGUACCUCUGAUGCCAAUUUGACUCUUGGAAAGGAAAGUUCAUCCAUGAGAAAACCCACGCACUCUCGAAAACGGGUACAUGCAUUUAGUUCAGACCAAGAGCAGAAGAUUAAAGAUCUGUUUGAGCAGUUUAAAGAUCAAAAGAAAUGCAGCUCCCUGAUUGCUAAUGCACUUGAUAGCACCGGGAAAAUAUCUGCAGCUCUAGUUUCUCGCAAACUUAAACAACUUGGCCUCGCCAUACCAAAAAAGAAAAGCUCUCAUGGUAACAGGCGCUUGAGGAACGAGGUUGACAUUUCUUUCCAAGGUGAAGGUGCAUCUGAUGAUGAAACAUUGCUAUCCCUGCAAAACAGGGGUAAACAAAAACGAAAGCGAAGUCAUUAUGGAAAGGAACAUAAUAACAAGGCUGCACAAAAGUUGCCAGACGAUAUCUCCGACGAUGAGUUACUCAGUUCUCUGGUGGUGAAAACAAAGAAAAUACACUCAAAGGGUAAUGUUGAGGAUCUGAUGAUUGACGACUCAUCUCAUAAAAAAUCUUCAGAUGAAACCAACUCAAAUGAUCAUCCCAUCCAAGUCUCAGAGAGGGAUGAAUCUGCGAAAUCGAAUUUUAAUGAUCCUACAAAGAGUGCUUUAGACAUGGAAACUACCGGUGUGGACAAUUUGAAUGAAUUAUCUAAUGAGAAAGCAGCAGAAGAUCCAAUCUUGGAUGAUGAGUUGAUGGAUGAUUUGGAAGAAGAGGGCAGCAUCGAACCUGUUACUACUGCCCGGGAAAGGAGUUCGUCUAGGCGACGACUAAGGAUGGUCGAGGAUGACGAUGACGACGAUGAUGAUUGAUGACAAGGUAAGUAUUCAUUUAAAGGUAAGAAAUGAUGCAAGUUUUGUCAUGCAGAUUUAUAUAAAGUGAAAUAGAGGAGAGUCAAUAUAAUUGUAGUAGUGUAAACAUGCAUUUACAUUUUAGGAUGUAAUAGUAUAUGUUUUCACUUUUAUUUUCAUUCUACUGCAAUGUAUUAUUUAAUUAUUUAUUCAAAUAUUAUACUAAAUAAUUUAAAACUUUCAAAUAGAAAACAUGUAUAGAUAAAUAAACACUGAAUCAAUGGUGCAUAGUUGUGGGUUACGGGUUGUGGUCCUUGUGGAUUAUUGAGUUGGAAA